GGUACAGCGCUACAUUCCGCCCACACAAACAGGGCCAUUCCGGAAACUUGCUAAGCUUUUAACUCCUGCUUCCAUGGCACAUUUUGGCCUGAAUGACAGCUUGAUGUUUAUUGAUGGACUGACGGCGUGUUGACUGGAAUCGAGACGCGGCUAAUCGGCAGAGAUGGCGUUAUGGAUCCAGGCUCAGCAGUUACAGGGCGAUGCUCUACAUCAGAUGCAGGCGCUCUAUGGUCAGCACUUCCCUAUAGAAGUGCGCCACUACCUCGCCCAGUGGAUUGAGACACAGCCUUGGGAUGCCAUAGACAUAGAGAAGCAGCAGGAGGAGUUUAAGGCGAAGCGUCUAUUGGACAAUCUGAUCCAAGAGCUGCAGAAGAAGGCGGAGCAUCAGAUGGGGGAGGAUGGCUUCCUGCUCAAGAUCAAACUGGGACAUUACUCCACGCAGCUGAAGAGCACGUAUGAGCCGUGUCCGAUGGAGCUGGUGCGAUGUAUCAAACACAUCCUCUACACGGAGCAGAGACUCGUACAGGAGGCUUCUAACGUGAGCUCUACAGGGGGCGGGGCUACGGACACCACGCCUCAGAAAUACCAGCAGAUCAACCAGAUGUUCGAGGAGCUGCGUGCCAUGACGCAGGAGACGGAGAACGACCUCCGCAAACUCCAGCACAGUCAGGAGUACUUCAUCAUCCAGUACCAGGAGAGCCUGAGGAUCCAGGCUCAGUUGAGUAGUUUAGCGAGUUUGACGCCGGCCGAGCGCGUGCAGAGAGAGACGAGUCUGCAGAGCAGGAAAGCUACGUUAGAGGCCUGGAUAACCCGAGAGGCUAACACGCUGCAGAAACACCGACAGGACCUAGCAGAGAAGCACCAAAGGACGAUGGCGUUGUUGAGGAAACAGCAGACGGUGAUCGUGGACGACGAACUGAUCCAGUGGAAGAGACGACAACAACUAGCUGGAAAUGGUGGACCUCCAGAAGGAAGUCUGGACAUCCUGCAGUCCUGGUGUGAGAAGUUGGCUGAUAUGGUCUGGCAGAACAGACAGCAGCUUCGGCGUGUCGAUCACUUAACGCAACAGCUCCCCAUCCCCGGCCCUACAGAGGAACUGCUCAAGGAACUUAACGCGACCAUCACCGACAUCAUCUCGGCGCUCGUCACCAGCACGUUCAUCAUCGAGAAACAGCCUCCGCAGGUGUUAAAGACGCAGACCAAGUUCGCCACGACGGUACGCCUGCUGGUCGGGGGAAAGCUCAACGUGCACAUGAACCCCCCGCAGGUGAAAGCCACCAUCAUCAACGAGCAGCAGGCCAAAGCUCUGCUGAAGAACGAGAGCACCAGGAAUGACAGUAGUGGAGAAAUCCUGAACAACAACUGCGUGAUGGAGUAUCACCAAACCACAGGCACGCUGAGCGCACACUUCAGGAACAUGUCGCUGAAGCGCAUCAAGCGCUCGGACAGACGCGGCGCCGAGUCGGUGACGGAGGAGAAGUUCACCGUCCUGUUCGAGUCUCAGUUCAGCGUGGGAGGAAAUGAGCUCAUGUUCCACGUCAAGACGCUAUCACUGCCCGUCGUGGUCAUCGUGCACGGGAGUCAAGACAACAACGCCACGGCGACCGUGCUGUGGGACAACGCCUUCUCGGAGCCGGGUCGCGUCCCCUUCGUGGUGCCCGAUAAGGUCUCGUGGCCGCAGCUGUGCGAGGCCCUGAACGUCAAAUACAAAUCGGAGGUGCAGAGCGAGCGCGGCUUGUCCGAGGAGAACCUGGUGUUCCUCGCUCAGAAAGCCUUCAGCAGCUCGAGCAACAACCCCGAGGACUACCGCAGCAUGACCAUGACCUGGUCCCAGUUCAACCGGGAGAGCUUACCGGGAAGGAACUUCACCUUCUGGCAGUGGUUCGAUGGAGUCGUCGAGCUGAUGAAGAAACACCUGAAGGCUCACUGGAACGAUGGGGCGAUCCUGGGUUUCCUGAACAAACAGCAGGCUCAGGACAUGCUGCUGUCCAAACCGAACGGCACGUUCCUGCUGCGCUUCAGCGACUCGGAGAUCGGAGGGAUCACCAUCGCCUGGGUGGCGGAGAACCCCAACAAAGCAGGAGAGAGGAUGGUGUGGAACCUGAUGCCCUUCACCACGAAAGAUUUCUCCAUCCGCUCUCUGGCUGACCGCAUCAGCGACCUGAACCACCUGCUGUUCCUCUACCCCAACCAGCCGAAAGACGAGGUGUUCUCGCGCUACUGCACGCCGCCCAACUCUAAAGCGGUGGGAGACGGCUAUGUCAAGCCAGAGAUCAAACAGGUGGUCAAAGUCGAGUUCGCCUCGUCCAAUCCCGAGCAGUCUCCUGGAAACCCCACCUUCAUGGACGCCUCCCCUACCAUCACUCAGCCAGGCGGUUUCCCUAUCUACCCUUCCAUUGAUCCGAUCCUGGACGAAGGCGGAGAUUUCGAUCUAGAUGAGACGAUGGACAUGGCCAGACAGGUGGAGGAGUUCCUAAGCCAGCCUUCGGAGGCGCAGUGGAGCGGACAGCAGUCGUGACCUUUGAACUACACAGAGUGACCCCUGGUGGUCGCGUUCCAUUUAAAACAAACAUUUUUUUAAACAAAUGUGAACAUGUUCGAUAGCUUGCUAACGACUUUGCAAUGUUAUUUCGUGACGCUGCUUCUCAGCUAUCUGUUUUGCUAGCCGCCUGAGCAGGAUUAAAAACCGGGAGAGAGGAAAUCUCAAUCUACGAGGAAGAUAUUUGUAGAGAGCGAUGAAUUAACCAGCCCUUAAAGCUAACGCUGACGCUAAACGUGUUCCACCCGAUCGAAUCCCGCAUUUCUAAUGGUUCAGAAAGCUACCUGCUGUUCGACGUUUCGCUGAAAUAUUGCACUGAUCGUGUCCCGCCCCCCCGUUGAAGCGAUCGUGUCAUUUUUCUACGAUUCCUCAGCCGACGCCCAAAUACGGUCAACGAUUUUGCUCCUGGGAAGUUCCUCGUCUUCAGAGUCGGGUUACGCGUGCACUUCCGAGACCUUUUCGAAAUCGCCUGCGUGUAGCUUCACGCCUUCGCCAGAGUUUCCUCAAGUAGAAGCGCUUACGCGACCGCCGAUAAGCCCGUCGACCGCUGAAAAAGAAGAUCAGGGAUAGAAAAAUUAAAUAGCAGGGUUUUUUUUUUAGUUUCUCGAAAAAGUAAGAGAGAAUUUAAAAAACACUAAUAUCGUAGAAGAACAAAGGAAUGAGAUGAAUCUAAUAGGAGACUGGUAUAUCACCAGUAUAUUACCGCAGGAAUAGUCCUAGUUGUAAUGUUCGCAUUUGAACAAAACGGCUUCCAGACUCGUUAUUCAGCAGCACACGGAAUAGCACUUGAUCCAGCGCCGACUUCAAACCCGAAACAGGAAGUGAACGUUUUAGAGCGGAACGAUUCCUUAAACCAGCGAAAUAUUUGGAUGGAGACGUCCGAAUUCUCACUACCUCUGAUCAUAAAGGACCUGAACCCAUUUUUCUUGCCAUAUAGAGAGAUAUUUUCUUUGACAUUUUUAAACUUUUACCCCAUUAACAUCAUUUCUGGAAGAAAUUUUCUUGAAGCUAUACCUCAAAGACCCGACAAACCACGUCCAAAAUUACACCCUUUACUUAAUUGUCGAUUCAUGUAUUUUAUGUUUAGCGUCAUUUAAAAAAAAAAGCCAUACCAAGCUGGAGCAACUUACACUUGAAAUUUGUAAAAAAAAAAAUAUUUGUUAUUACGAAUUCUAUUAUUAAUUAUUAGCCUUGAAUUAAUCACUCAUGCCCUUUUUAGCUAAUUCUUUACGAUAGCAUCCUAAUAAAGGCCAUAACAAUCUCUAUCUUGUCCAAUUUAUUUUCUUUUUUAAUAUAUAGGUAAAUAUUCAUUCAUGUUAUCUAUAAUGUGCUCUUCUUUUUUUUUUUUUUUUUUAUUAAUGGAGGUGAAUUUUAAAUAAAUUUUUCUUUCUUCAUUCACAUUUACUGCCAAAGUAAACACCAUGACAUAAUCUCGCUCAUCAUUUCCUUUACAUUUGUACUAUUUAAAAUGGAUUAUAUCCGCCUGUGUCAUUUAAUUCACUUUUCUUCUUUUAAAACACCGUCAUCCCCCCCCCCGUACUUUGGCAUAUGUUAUUCCACUUUGCUUUGUUAACUUCAGGUUAGGAUCUCAGGAAAACCCACCAAUCCCAGAGAAAAUAUUAUAUACUUAUGAACGUUGAGAAAUAUCUAUGAGGAAAAAGUUACAACCACAUUUUUUAAAAAAUGCUGUUUUAUGAUCUUUUUUUAAUUACCUGAUGUUUGGCGCUAGACCUGUGUCGGCGGUAGGCAUGUGCCGAUAUGACAUUUUUGUGUCACGGUUUACGAUGAUGUAUCGACUAUGUCUUUAACAGUAGCUGUUAUUAUUGGUCAGCGUUUUUAAGUGUGUGUGAAUUACUCAGGAUUUGGCUCCCUUUGUAUGUGACACCGGUUUACUCAACAAUCGCUCGCUAGCUUUGUAGCUCAGAUGAAUGGAAUGGUAGCAGCGAUAAUCUGUGAAGUGUAUCUGCGAUGAUAGUAUUAAGCCUGCCGAAUAUUGCAACGUAACGUCGAAGUGGUGGGUGUUGAUUCAGCGUUUUUGGUUAGCAAUGACUUUAUCAGCUUUGGUUUAGAGGUUCGAUCAGCUGUUGAAUCGGUUGGUUAUGAAUCCUGGAUUCAGUUGCCUAUGACAUGUUGUAUAGAUGAAGUAUGGCUCAGUGAAUUGGUUAUCUGUGAUUCAUUGAUCAGUUGAGUGACUCCUUGGUUCACUGAACGAAUCACCAGUGACUUGUUGAAUAAGCCAUCCAUUAGUAGGCAGAAGCUCUUUGAAUCAUUAGGCUGCGGCUCACUGAAUCGGUUAUGAUUGUUUCAUUGAAUAGAUCAACUGUGGCUCAUUGAAUCAGUUAGCUCUGGCUCAUUGAAUCAGCAAUCUGUAAGUCACUGAAUCAGUCAGCUUUGUCUUGUUGAAUCGGUCAGCUGUGACUCACUGAAUUGGUUAGCUGUGACUUGUUGAAUCGGUCAGCUCUGGCUCGUUGAAUCGGUCAGCUGUGACUCUUUGAAUCGGUCAGCUGUGACUUUGAAUUGGUCAGCUGUGACUCAUUGAAUUGGUCAGCUGUGGCUCAUUUAAUCGGUCAGCUGUGACUCACUGUAUCGGUCAGCUGUGACUCACUGAAUCGGUCAGCUGUGGCUUGUUGAAUCGGUCAGCUGUGACUCGGUUAAUUGUUCUGAAUAACUGAGUAUCGGCACAUGCCUCGUGUCUAAGCAUAACAUCUUAGUGUCCAUGUAGAUAAUCUCUUACGACAUUGUUGUGAUUUGUAUGUGUGUUUGUGUGUACCCGCUGCAGUAUUCCAGUUCCAAACCGGUGCUGUUAUGUCGUACGGCUCCGAUCCGUGUGCCGAUUUGUUAGUGUUUUCCGUUUUUUAAAAUUGUAGACGUCGGGAUCCGUUUUUAUUCACUCUCCGAUGCGCUUUGCUCUGCUCUUCUCUUUUUUUCUUUUCUUUUCUUUUUGUUGUUAAGUGUGUAUUUGUUGUAACUUGGGAGAUAACAGAUGGUAAUAAAGUUUGAUAAAUAUUUCA